AUGGCUUUCAAAUUUUAUGCUCUGUUAUUCGCUCUGAUGCCCUCCAUCCAAGCCAUACAAGUCGCAAACUUGAAUGUCUCUGAAGGUAUUGCUAGCAAAUACAGUUGUGACUCAACCUGCUACAAGAAUUUUCAGGAAGGUAUAGCUGCAGAUGCCGCUUCCUACGGCGCAAUUUAUGACGCGGGUUUCUACGAGACCGCCCAUAACUUUUCCAGCUCGAAGCCCGGCGAUGCGCUCAAAUUAGAGCCAGUCAAUGCCACUCUUCUCCACAAUAUCCCUAAGGGAACUACUGCCUACAGGUUCCAAUAUGUGUCAAAGGAUCUCGAUGGCAAGAAGAUCCCAGUUACGGGUUUCAUUGCUUUCCCUUACGCCAGCAGGUUGAACGGCCAUGUAUACCCUGCUAUCGCCUAUGGCCACGGUACAUCCGGCGUGUUUCGAGGUUGUGCACCUUCAGCUAUGCCAACCUUGUAUGAGUAUGGCAGCUGGGCCUUCUUGGUUUCGCGUGGAUAUGCAGUGAUCGCGACAGACUAUGCCGGGCUCGGGAACAACUACACAGCCCAUCAAUACCAAGCUUCACCGGCACAAGCUCAUGACUUGUACUACUCUCUUGCUGCAGCUCGCAAGCUGUUUGGGCACGCGCUCACAGCCGAGUGGAUGAGUGUCGGCCACUCCCAAGGAGGUGGAGGAGCUUGGGCUCUUGCGGAGAGCUCUCUACUGCAGAAAAACCCUCUCUCGCUGGGAAAGUACCUUGGUACAGUUGCUCAGGCACCUGGCGUUCGACUCCAAGACAUGGCCCUCGCUGUUAUCCAGAGCUCAUCUUCCAACGUCGCUUCGGCCCGUGGUGUUCUUGCGGAAGUCGGAUGGAUUGUUCUCGGCUUGCGAAGCAUUCUUCCCAACGACCCUCAAACCUGGCUACAACCUAAAUUCCGGAAGCGUCUUGAGCUUGCGGCACUUGCUCAGACAUGCUACGCGUCAAUGAGAUCGUUAGUUGCGGACCUUGAUAUCACUGAUGUGAUCAACAUCUCAGACCCAAGCCUUCACUUUGCCCUUGAGAAAAUGCAAAGCAUCACCGCCAGGGGUGAAGGCAAAAGUCCCCAGCCUCUCUUUAUUGUGCAGGGACUUUCUGAUGUUUCGGUGCUUCCGCAAGUGGUCGAGACCGCAUACAAUGCUAGCUGUCAAUCGGGGAACGAGGUUCACUUACAAACCUAUCCUGGCAUCGACCAUGACCCAGUUAUUUCUGCUUCGGCACCCAGUUUCCUUCAGUGGAUAGACGAUCGCUUCGAAGGGAUCAAGACAACAGGCGGAUGCAGUAACAAGACGAUCCAACCAUUUGACUCUAUCAAUAUGUACGCUCCGAGCGACGCUAGUUAG